AUGGCAGAAAGUAACAGGGCUCCGCAAAGGCCCAAAAGGCCCAAUAAACAUCCGAAUCAUGUUUUACGCAAGAGGCAGCCCCAAAAACCCGAACAAGGCAAAAACGUGAUUUAUGUUAGCACUAGAACAAGCAUCAAGGGGCUCCUAGAACGUUGCACAAAACUAAUAAACAACAAUGAAAACGAAAUUAUAAUCUAUUGUCUAGGAGCUGCAAUUCAACGAGGCAUAUUAUUGGCUCUUCAAGUGUGUGAAAGGCACGUUUCUUAUCAACAUGAAACCAAAACGUACACCACAACAUUAAUAGACGAUUUAGAACCAACCGUCGAUGAUGCAGAUUACGAAUUGCAAAAAAGAUUUAAUUCUGGUUUGAGAAUAAGAGUUUUCCGGAGUGAUUUAUUGGAACAACCAAGCACUUCUGAUAGGAAACAGUAG